CCAGUAUGCACCACUGUGUAACCGACAGAGGUCGCUGUGCGCUCUUGGCACAAUAUAGGAGCCACCUGGGCGUUAUCUCUAAAACCUGCUGCUCAAUCGAUCAUCAGAUCCAUCCAGCACAGUGUCACCAGCAGCAGCACUCAGAUAGAGAGACUCUCCAAAGGUGGUCGCUUCUUGUCUUCACAGUUUGUCAGACUGACUUUAAGGGAACAAAAAGAAACUUGAAAGAGGAGGUUCAAUUAGAAAAAGAAAGCUCAAUUGGUGCGGAUUGAAGGAGGAAGUUGAAGGUGUGUAAUGGGUUAACGGAGGAAAGGCCUCGCCUCACCUUUAGUGCGCGUCACCCGGUUCAGUAAAGUGGCUCCACCAUCCAGACCAGCGCGCUAAACCACCGCCUCUCUGCCGCCAGACGCGCUCCUCGACUCGGUCACUCUCUCAUCCUCCUGUCGGUCUCCGCCCAGCUGCUCCAUCACCACACACACACACACACAGAGGAAGGACUAAAGAGUGAUUUACCGGAACCAUGAAGGACCGUAUGCAAGAACUUAAACAUGGGAAGGAGACGACAGAGGAGGAGGAUGAAGUCGCUGUGGGGAUGGACAAAGGCUUUAUGGAUGAAUUCUUUGAACAGGUGGAGGAGAUCCGGGGUUUCAUCGAGUCUCUGGCAGAGAAAGUUGAGGAGGUGAAGAGGAAGCACAGCGCCAUCCUCGCUUCACCUAACCCAGAUGAGAAAACUAAGGCUGAGCUGGAGGAUCUUAUGGCCGACAUCAAGAAGUUUGCCAACAAAAUACGCUCCAAAUUAAAGAGUAUCCAGCAAUCUAUUGAGCAAGAAGAAAGCCAGAACAAGUCAUCAGCUGACCUGAGGAUACGCAAGACACAGCACUCCACGCUGUCCCGUAAGUUUGUCGAGGUGAUGUCAGAAUACAACACCACCCAGUCGGACUACAGGGAGCGCUGCAAGGGACGCAUUCAGAGACAGCUGGAGAUCACUGGGAGAAACACAACAAAUGAGGAGCUGGAGAGCAUGUUGGAGAGCGAUAACCCGGCUAUCUUUUCCUCGGGGAUCGUUAUGGACAACAUCACCGAGCAAGCUAUGAAUGAGAUUGAGACGCGGCACACUGAGAUCAUCAAGCUGGAAAACAGUAUCAGAGAACUUCACGACAUGUUCAUGGACAUGGCCAUGCUGGUGGAGAGCCAGGGUGAACUGGUGAACAACAUCGAACGGUGUGUUCUGUACGCCCAUGAAUAUGUGGAGCAGGCAAAGGAGAACAUCCCAAAAUGCAAAAAGUUCAAAAAGACUAGCAGACGGAAGGUGAUCCUGAUAGGAGGUUGUAUUGCAGUAUGUGUGACCGUCCUCAUUAUUUCCCUCGCAAUUGGACUCAGUUAGGACCCUAAGAAAUCCCCACAGAGCAGACAGGGCAGGAGGUGAUGCCUCCCUCUCAGGAUCAUAAUGUUCGCCAGUUAAACUGUACUAUAUAGUGGGCUCUGUAUUGUGCACUUAGUAACUGAAGUAGGAAGUAGUAGUAGUAGUAGUAGGUUGACAUUACUGCCCUGGAGGCAGUCUAAUACUGUAUGUCUCUGUGCACUCAGAUAUUUCACAUUAACCUUUACGCAGACUUUUUAAUAUAUACUUUUUCUAACUGAACAGUCAAAAGUCUUGAAGAGCUAACUUGUGCUUUGUGUCUGUUUGUGUCAUAAUUCACAUACUGUACCUUUGUCAUGUGCAUGUUCUGCAGUCUACCGAAGAGAUUUGCAUGUUUUUCUACAAACACAAAGCUGCAGAUAUGUGGUUGUGUCAGUUGAUAAUCAAAAUAAACCUGUGAUGAAUCAAAGAUCAUUUUCAAAGCGCACAUGCCUCAGCAUAGUUCAUGAACAGCCAGCCUCUCACAUACUUACAGAUGUAUCUAAAAUUGAGAAAUUUUCCUUGUUUGAAGCAUUAAAGGGAAACUUCGACCAUAUGGAAAAUACACUUAUUAUUUCUUGCCAAGAGUGAGGUGGGAGGAUCGAUAAAAACGAUGUGUAAAAACGACACGUUGUGGUUUUGUGGGGGUUGUGUGCUGGACUAUUUCUGGGCAUAGAGCAGUGACUUCUGAUGUCAUCCACAUAAAAACAACUUUUAGACUUUGAGAGAGUUUUACAAAUAUAAAACCUUAUAUAUAUAUAUACCUGGGUAUUCAGUUGGUUGCAAUCUGCAACCACACCACUAGAUGCCACACACUGUCCCUUUAAGGAUUGACUGUUGAUUCCACAGGGUUUAACUGAUGGACAUUGGCUGUUUAUGAAUGUGGAGGAAUGUGUGCUCAAAAGACAUUAUUUACAAUUUAACUUUGCUUUAAAGUCACUAUGUGAACUUUUACAGAAACAAUCCCAGGCAACAUCGGCUCAGUCUACAGUAUAUACUGUUUUAAGCUUAUUUCAAGAGGUAGCUCCAUGCAUUGCUGUCUCCCUCAUUACUCUCUUUGCUGCCACCAGAUGGCGCCAAAAUUGAGGAGUCCCAUAUUCUUUCUAGACAUAGUGGCUUUAAAUAUGAGAACAAUUCACGUUUGUGGCAUGUGUGAAUAUACUGUAUGUUGUUUAAUGUGGUAGGAAACAACAUGCAGGAACCAAAGAUGUAUGGUUUUUAAAGUAGAGGAUGUGAAAAUACUUCUAAACCACAGUGACACUCCAACAACAUCAUCCGAUACAUUAAAAACAAAUAAUCUUUCUCCAAACUGCAUUGCUUGUCUUCUAAACUGCCUUUUGUUCUGAUUAUUAUAAAUAUUUUAACAUGUGUUGAAGUAAAAUACAAGUCAUAUUUCUAACAUGUUUUCCUCUGCUCCCCAUUUGCUGCCACGGAUGACUGUUUAUCUGUUAUUGUUAACACUUUACAGAAGAAAAUUAUGAUUAUUAUAUGCUGCGUGGUUCUGGGGAUUGUCAUUGCUUCCAUUGUUGGGGGAACGCUGGCCUAAACCUCGACCACAGUCGCACUAAAAGACACACAGCCGCACACACAACAGAGCAAAAACACAACAGAUUCCCAUUUUCUGUUUUCUGUUUUCAUGAAUGCAAUCUAUUACAUGUGUAGCGCGACAUGCGUUACAUACUGUACGACACAUUUUUACGCGCGGCGUACAGGGCCAGAGGUGUUUUCGCAUGAGUUGCUAUUUUGUAAAUGUGUGGUGCUGCAAACUGUUUAUCUGAGUGUUGAGUGUUGUCAACGAUAUGAUGUUUUCCAAAAGUGAAUUCUUGAAUGAAAAAAAAGUUACUAAAUGAUAUGUAACACUAUACUAAUACAUUCCAACUUCCAAAUAUGACACUUCAGUUGUAAUGUCUAUUUUGUGUUGUACAGGCAAAGUGACGGGCCACUAAUCUGCAGUGUUUUCAGAGCCAGGUUAUCUAUAGACCUCUGUUUAUUUACAUCUUUAUUCACUUCUUUUUACGUUCUCUCCCUCUGAUGUCCUCUACCUCCCUUCAAAAGCCCUGCAUGGUUUAGUUCACUGUAAAGUGGUGUUUAUAUCGCAAAGGGGAAAGAAAACAUGUUGGAUAUUUUGCUCGUAGAAUCAUCACACUGCCAAACUUUUCUAACUUGUAGUUUACGGAUUCGAUGCUACUGAUCUAACUUCAUCUGGCCUUACCAGUUGUGCAGCAUUUCUGCAUGUGAAAGAGGAUAAGGUGUGUGUUCAUUUGUAGCUACAUGUUUGAAUGUGCUGAGUGCGAGUCGUGGGAUGAAGACAUGAGUGCUUGUUAUAUUAGCCACCUGUGUCUUUGUUUUGUAUAAAGUGUAAACUGAUAUAAAGCUCUCUAACACUGCCAGUAUGUUCAAAUAAGCUGUUAAAAUGGAGUCUAGUCUGGUUUGGAUUGAUAAUGCUGAUCUGUAAGUGACAAACCCUUGUUGUUUUACGUCUUUUUAUAAAACCCCGAGCUUUAAACAGAGCAUAUUCUCCUGUCAAGCUACUUCACUGUUUAUUUUUAUGAUGAGUCAGUGAAAGCGUUAGCAUGAACUCAAAGUAGCCCUGUAAAAGACUCUCAUAUCAGUUUUCAGGCGACACAUCAGACACGCACAGACUGCAGCCGUGUUACCAUGUUGCCUAUACUCAACUUGUUGCCUUUGUGUUGUAUUGUGAUGACAUGGUUUUGUUUGUUUGAUUUGAGUUUGUUUUGUUUUUCAAGUAAAGUUUGUCUGAAAAAAA